UAUCGCUUUCUACCUCUCGGUCUCUCCUUUGCAAAUCCUCCCUUCCUCUUCGAUUCCUCUACUUCGUUUGAGACCUUACUUCUUCCCUUCCUCCGUCAAUACAACCCAGUUUCAUAUUGAAUAGUUUAGAACACACAAAUGAACUUUUUGAAUAUUUUGGGCUUACUAGUGGAAUUGGCCGUUAAAUUUAUGUUUUUAACAUACUAACAAAUUAUUUAUAGUGUAAUGAAUAACAUGUUCUUUCAUAAGAAAAGUGUUCUGGCUUGAAUCACUUCAACUAAUAGCCCUCGACGGAUCUAGGGCUGGGUCAACCCGGGCCACGACCCAACCCUCCGUCGGAUCCAGAUCUAGUAUAGUGCUUAUAAGAUUUUCGAUUUAGGUAUUCGGCCCAGUACUAUUUAAAAGUCGGUCGAGUGUUAUUUGAUAAUAGAAUUUUGUGUAGCUAGAAAAGCGGUUUAGAUAAACAUAUGCAAACAACUACUCCCAAUUUAAUACGAGAGUUUUGUGUGGUUCGCUGUAGUGCUCAACGAUCUUCAUAUUGGUUUGCUGGAGACAGGAGUGAUUCACUUUGAUUGUUACUAGCUCCAGCGAUCCCAUCCAGAAAAAUCGCUGGAUAAACCAGCGAAUUAUACCUACUGCUUGAGGGUGAAGGAGGGAUGGCACCGAGUCUACCUAUGUCGGGGAAUUCUUGGGCGGAUCUUUUUGGAGUCGCGGAAGAAAACCGAUUGGUAUACAUCGAGCCGGAGAUAGUAGAUGGAGGUCUUCGAAUUCCUGCUGAGCUAGAGGAGGAAGGUAUUGCGCGCUGGCGACACUGCUUGGUGGGGCAAUUUCUUUCUACUUCCCCCCAUAUUCGACAGGUUCAAUCAUGGGCUAAUCGUCUCUGGGGAAAGAAAGGUUCAGUUAGGGUUUCUUGGCUUGGGGAUCGCCUACUUCUCUUCCAAUUUCCGACAGAGGAAACGGUGCACUGGGCGUUCUCGAGUGGUCCUUGGCAUCUGCGGAACGAUAUGUGUUACCUGAGGAAAUGGGAGCCAGGACUCCGAGCUGAGGAGCCUCGCCCGGUAAUUCCGAUUUGGGUACGUUUUCUGGACUUACCUCUUGAGCAUGUGACUGGGCGGAUCUUGACACGGCUAGCAAGUCUGCUUGGGCGGCCUCUUUGGUUUGAUAAGUCCAGUAGGCUUGGUAGAAGGUUGGGUUACCCAAGAGUUUGUGUGGAAAUGGGGGUUGACUCAGAGUUCCCUGAGACUCUUCGUCUUGUUCCAGAUAAACGACCAGCUUACACUAUUGGCAUUGAGUACUGCAACAAACCAGAGAUGUGUGGAAAGUGUAAAAGAUUUGGGCAUAAUUGUGAGGCAGAGGUUCAGGAGGAUCCAAUUUCUCAGUUGGGGGUGGGAGACAGUUUGGAAGUGGUUCAGGUUGAGCACUCAAUAACAAGUGUAGGUGAGGUUGUGGAGGGGCAAGUCAUAGACCAGGGAAUUGUGAAUGGUAGCUCGGAGCUGGGUCCUGCUGCGGGGAAUGCAGCUGUUGCAGGGGACAGAGCAGAGCCUACUCCUGUAGCUGACCUGAGAAGUCAGGAAGAGGGUGGCUUGCAAACUGCAGUGGCAAACCUAGUGAAUUCAUUAUCCAGGGGAUCAACUUGGCAAGGCUAUCUUCCAUCAGAUAGUGAGUUUCAACAGGCAGUGGGCACAAACAAUUCCUUUGAAGUUCUUGCUCCCCAGGUUCAGUUUGAGGUAGGGACACUGGCUGUGUCUCCCCUGAAGGAUCCUGUGCAAUUCCCAGAAUUAGGGAAAGAUGGACAGAAGAAGAAAAAAGGGAAGCCAGGUCGGCCCCCAAAGGGGCAAAACCAGUCUAUUAAAGCAUGAAUGUCCUGGUAUGGAACAUGAGGGGUUUUAACAACCCUGAAAAGCAGAAGAGUGUAGUGGAGUCAAUUAGGAGAUACAAGGUGGAAAUGUUUGCAAUUCUUGAAACAAGGGUUAGUAAAGAAAAGGUCCAAAAAAUAAUUGCACAGUUUUUUG